UUUCAGAUUUGCGUCUAGCAUCAAUCAACAAUUGUUCGUUGAAGCAACAUAUUCCAACAUGUUCAAGUUCAUAGUAGUUUGUGCCUUUAUCGCAGUCGCGGCGGCGUCACCGGACCUGCUCAUCAGACCUCAACUAACAUACUCCACUGGAAUCGCUCCCGCUGUGACGACUUACAGCACGGCUAGCGGCUACAUCAAUACCGCUCCCGUCGUGUACUCUUCACCUGUAGCUUACUCCAACUACGGCUACACGCAUCUCAUCAAGAAGCGCUCGCCCGGCUUCCUCGCCCCUGUUGCCACCUCGUACUCCAGCUUUGGCGCUCCCCUUGUGAGCACGUACUCCGCUCCGUUCGCCACAUACGGCGCCGCUCCCAUCGCCACCUACGGCGCGCCGCUCGUGCACUCCGCGCCCGUCUACUCCACCGCUCACUUGAUCAAGAAGCGCUCCGCUCCCCUGAUCGCCGCGCCGGCCUCCUUCAUCGCCCCAGCCUCCUACUCUGCUCCUUUGGUGUCCACCUACUCCAGCUACCCUAGCUACUCUAGUUACCCUGCCGCAACCAUAGUCUCAACUCCUUACAUCUCGUCCGGACCUUACGCUUACACUCAAUUCAUCAAAAAAUGAACGCAUUCCAAUAACUACGGAAUGUCAUAACAAAAGUCACAAGAAAUCAAUUUUUGGGUUUGUAAAAAUAAUGUAAAUAAAAUUUUACAU